AUGGCGCGCCGCGCGCGCAGCUCCGGCGCCGCCGUGGCAUUCGCGGCUGCGGCGGCAGUGGCUGGCUGCACGGGUUGGAGUUUCUUGCUGCCGGGCGCGAGCAGUCAGCAGGGCUCCCGGCGCGAGGCGCUCGGCGCAGGCCUAUUGGGAGCCCUGGCCGCGGGCGCACAGGUGGCCGAGGCAUACGAGCUCCCCCCGCUGGGUUACGCGUACGACGCGCUGGAGCCCUCAAUCGACAAGGCGACCAUGGAGUUCCACCACGACAAGCACCACAACACGUACCUCACGAACAUCAAUAAGGCCCUGAAGGACAAGGAGGAGCCCUCGAUCCUCGACCUGCAGAAGGGCGCGAUAAAGGCUGGCAAUGCGGUUCGCAACAACGGAGGUGGCUUCUACAAUCACAACAUGUUCUGGACCGAGAUGGCGCCAACGGGCACUGGAGGCAAGCCUUCUGGAGCUCUGGCUGCCGCUAUCGACAAGGCUUUCGGGUCUUUCGAUGACAUGAAGGCGAAGUUCGAGGCAGCAGGUGCCCCUGGCGCACGCUUUGGCUCAGGGUGGGUGUGGCUCGUGGUCACCAAGGACAAGGGCUUGGCCAUCACGUCGACCCCGAACCAGGACAACCCGUUGAUGGACGGUGUUGAGGGGACACCCGGCAUUCCCAUCCUCGGCUGCGACGUUUGGGAGCAUGCCUACUACCUGAAGUAUCAGUUCAAGCGUCCCGACUACAUCAAGGCUUGGUGGAACGUCGUGAAUUGGCCGGUGGUGGGCCAGUGGUAUGAUGGCGCCCUACAGGGCAAGGCCCCGACGACUAAGGGCAGUGAGACUGCUUCAUUCGCGCUCUAG